AAAGUGUCUUCCGGUGUGCGGUGUUGACACCGAUUGCGCCUCCGCUGCCACCGUGUACCGAACUGACAGCGACGGCGAUGACACCACGGAGAACACACACACACUCACACACACACACUCACACACACAAUCACACACACUCCUCUAUAAAAGCACACACACGCACCGAGAGCCCUUUAGUGCGGAGGAGGAACUUUCGACCAUGGGCGUCAUCAUCUCGCAGCUCUUCUCCAGGUUCAGCUCCAAGACUCCGGUCCGGAUCCUGAUGGUGGGCCUGGAUGCAGCAGGUAAGACCACCCUGCUGUACAGACUGAAGCUGGCCGAGGUCGUCACCACCAUCCCGACCAUUGGUUUUAACGUGGAGACGGUGGAGUAUAAGAACAUCAGUUUCACCGUGUGGGACGUCGGCGGUCAGUCCGUCAUCAGACCUCUGUGGAGACACUACUUCACCAACACGCAGGGUCUGAUAUUUGUGGUCGACAGCAACGACCCCGAGAGGGUGAAAGAGGCUGCUGACGAGCUGCACAGGAUGUUGGAGGAGGACGAGCUGAGAGGCGUGGCCGUGCUGGUGUUCGCCAACAAACAGGACCUGCCCCGAGCCGCGUCCGUCGGCGACGUCACCGCGGCCCUGCGCCUGUCAGGCGUCUCGCAGCCGUGGUUCGUCCAGGCGUCCUGCGCCGUCAGUGGCACAGGCCUGGUCGAGGGUCUGGACUGGCUCUCCGCCCAGAUCCUGGGACGGUAGGAGGAGCCCACGAGACCGCGAGUCCAGCGCCUCGCAAACGGCAUUUCACUGCUGUGAUCGCAGCGCACAGACAACCAUGUACAGAUCCCAGCUUCCACGUGGAAAACCCUCGAACGUGGAGUUUGUGCUUCACUCGCGUGUGUCACUUUAACAUAGUUGAAGACGGAAGAUGGGAUGAAAUGUCAGCGCGACAAUGUGAAACGAGGGCAUUACGUUUAUUAACCUCACAUGAUCAAAAAAGCCUGAAGCUGCUGUUAAUCUGCGCUGAAAUAAAACAAAAAGACGGCGGACGUGUACGGUGUCAAAAGGAUUCUACUAUUUCCAUGUUGCUGCUAAAAAGAAAAAGCUCUAUUCUUCCCAAAAAUUCCAACAAGACACGAGUCAUCUGAGAUUUCAGAUUGUGCAAUGUGUCAUUUUCUUUUUAGACCAGUGGUUUCCAACCUUCUUGGUUUGUCAUCCCUCAGGUCUACUGUACUUCACAAGUCAUGACCUUAACACGGACAUGAGUCGUGAUUAGUUCAACCAAAGAGUGAUUCUUCAUUGUUUCUUUUGGAAAAACUAGGGGGAAACACAUUACAUAUCAUUGUGUAUGUAUAUCCAGAUUUAUCCGUUGAUCCUGUAUUUUUUUCCAUAGUAACGCUCAAGGAUUUUUAAACCGACAGGUGGUUAGGUCAUUUUAUUAAUGGGAAACUAAUUCUUAUGCACUGAAGAUCUUCAUCUUUUAAAAAUGUAUCUGUCAUUAGUCACUUCUUUACUUUUUUAAUUUUCAUAAAGCAGAAACACAUGAUUCAGUAGUUAUUUAUUAGACCAUGAGUUAUUGCCCCGAGGGUUUUUGUUGGAUACAUUUGUAUUUAAAGUUGUUGUUUGGAUAAUCAGCUCUGAUAUUUCUAAAACUCUGUGGCCUGUUCUAUUUUUCCACGUCAGACUAUAUGUCAUUAUGGAAAUGUACAUUAUUUGUUAUCUGAUUAAAAGUUGUUAUGGCGGCAA